GGUGGCCCUGGCACUCCUUGUCCAGCGGUAAUUUCCUCAGUGGAAGGCUCGAGCUUCAAAAAAUGAGUCAGGCUGGUGAAGAAAGUUCCAGUUCCAGUGACACAGAACUGGAAAUCGAGGAGGAGCAACCCAUCUGUGCUCUAGCUCCAACCGUUUAUACCCGAGAUGAGGGAUCAGCUGACGUAACAGCAAGUCCUGCAUUUCAGUGCUUAGAUGAGCUAUUUUCUGCUGGAAAACUCUCAGGCUCCAAAGUAGCUGAGCUGAAGGCGAAGUAUACCCUGCUGCAUGAGACUGUGAUAAGUUUACAGAAAUCUGAGAUCCAGCUAUUGCAGGAAGCCAAACGUCUUAGUGUAAACCUGGAACAACAGCAACAUGAACUGGAAAAAGCAGAACAGUUCCCUGAAGAAUCUUCCAGUGAAGUUUGCCGAAUAAGGCAACAACUUCUUAGUUGCCAAAAUGAAUACAAUGCUAUUAAAGAAAGAGAGUAUGAAAUUCAGUUCAGAGUGAAAUGUUUGCAAGAAGAGAAAACACUUCUGGAAAAAGAAUAUGAAAGAAUUCCAAAACAAAGUGAAGCAGAUAAGAGAAUUAAAAAGUUGAAAGAAAAUUGUGACGAGCUCAGCAAAGAAGUAAUUCAAAGGAAAGCAGAAGUUAAUGCAAUGAAGGAAGACAUUUUAUCCAGGCAAAACCUGAUGUUAAUAGACAAGAAAGAAGUGGAAAAGCUUCUAGAGAACCAGGAUAAUUUAAAAGAUGAGCUAGUUAAGAUCCUUGGUGUUCCAGCACAACUUGGAAAAGAAACUGAGAAGAUAAAUUGGAAAAAAAUUGAUGCAGAGAAGAAGAAAGAAGCCCUUAAUAACCAAAUACAGGAGUUAAACAAUACUCUAAAAGCCACUGAAAAAAGGAUGGAAGAGAUUUUGCAAGAAAGAGAAGAUGUAAUGGAGGAAUUGGAUGGAAAACAAGCUUUGCUAGAAAGCAAACAACAAGAAUGCGUUGCUCUGACAAGAUUGCUAGAAAUUGGCAGAGAGAAGGAAUCAGCAAUCCUAGCAGACAGAGAAGUUCUGGAUUAUAAUUUAAAAAAAUGUAUCUUGGAGAAAAAACAAAAACAUGAUAUUCUCAUUCACAAGCAAACAAUGAAAGACAGAGAACUGAGAAAUUUAAAGAAGAUGGAGUUACAGCUGAAUGUGAUUUAUGAGUCUUUGGAACAAGAUAAGUCACAGCACAAGAGACUCAAAUCAGAGGCAGAAGCUAUCCCUAAAAGUAAUGAAGUACUGUUAGAAAGAAGACGAGAACUGCAGAAGGAAAUUGAAAUGAACAAGAGAAGUUUAGCUGAACAGGAAAUGAUAUCAGAUAUGGAUGCCCGCACGUUAGAUGAAUGUAUUGCUGAAGAGAGACGGCUUUUCAAAGAGCAGGAAAAAUACAGAAAUGAGUUAUCCAGACUUGCACAUCUGACGUGGCUCAAAGUUGAAGAGAGGGGGCAAAAAUGUAGGGAAGUUCAGAAAGCCCAGAUACAACUCCAAAAUAGUGUUAAAGAAAUAAAAAGAAAGGAUCUUGAAAUAGAAGUGUAUAAAAAGAGGAAAAGAAAAAUCCAAAAACAACUCCAAGGAUUUGCUAAAAUAUGUGAUGUAAUCCAAAAUGAAAGGAAUAAAUGUAUAAAUUUGGCACAUACUGCUCAGCAGAAAGCAACUGAAAUUAGAAACCGGGUAAAAUUGAUAGGAAAUGAAAUAGAAACUCUAAGGAAUACUGUUACAACCAAAGAAAGAAUACUGCAGAGACAACAUCUGAAGAAUACAAGUAAUGUAGCAAUUAAAGACAGUCUCAAAACUGAUUACUCCAAACUUCAGCAAGUCAUGGAUGAGAUGAAAGAAAAGAAAAAGCAACAGCUUCUGGAUCUUGACAGACUUACCAAUAUUAUCUCCUGCAUUGAAGAGGAAAUUGUGCAGCUACACAAAAAAUACGAAAGGGCUAUUCAGCAAAAAAAUGAGAGUGGUCUUCUGCUCAAAAGUCGAGAAGAAGAGGUAUGCAUUUUAUAUGAAAAAAUAAAUAUGCAAGAGAUGUUGUGUAGAAAUGGAGAUAUUGAGAUGCAAGCUAUGGAUGAAAAGAUCAGUUUUCUGAAGAUGAAGGCAGCUGAGAAGAAGAGACAGAUUAAAUUUUGGUUUAAAGCACUACCAACAAAGAAAGCCCUGGAUGCAGAUUUGGUGGUACUUCAGAUACAGUAUUCCCAGUGCAAGGACAGGAUUAAACAGCUGGAGGCAAUCUUUGCUGACCCUGCAAAUGAGAGCAGAAAGCGAGACUUGGGAGGGACGGACCCAUCGCCACCCGAACUGCUAAAGAAGAUCGAACAGCUAGAGGUAGAGCUGGUACAGAAGGAGGAGAGGCUGCUGGAGACGGAUUUUCUCUAUGACCACGUUUCCCAGCUAACAGCCAGAAUCCGCGCCACAGCAGCAAACGGGCAGCACCACACGCUGCUAUUAGCAACAAGGAUUAGUGAAUUACAGAAGAAGAUUAAAGACAGAACCCAGAAGAUGAUGGCUCUUGUUGCAGAGUUAUCCAUGAAGCAAGCACUUGCCAUUAAACUCCAGCAGGAAAUGAGAGACAAAGAACAAUUUUUGAUGACUGUUUCAGCAAGGAUAGAUCAAGGCCUUCCUCCUCCUAAAGAGACAGAAAUUGAAUGGUUGAAGAUUUUACGCAAUGAGAAGGUGUAUAAAGAAGCAGCUGAAGCCAGAGCUAGACAGGCUGCAGAAGAGGAACAAGCUGCAGUGCCUGGCUGUGUCCACACGACAGCUGAACAGCGCCCAACUGCCUACAUCCCGAACGAUGAAUACAGCCUCCCAUUGCCACGGCCCUACGGCGCUCUGGCUCCUUUCAAGCCAAGCGAACCUGGCUCGAACAUGAGACACUUCAGAAAACCAAUUGUAAAGCCAAUUGAAAUCUGA